UAUUCUGAAACUGCAUGAGAAUUGGAGGGGGGGGGAAUCAUUGUGCAAUCCUCUUUUAACCUACUGAUCACAGUACUAUGUUACAAAUCCAGGUGCUUUUUGAAGAAUCACUUUGUCAUAUACAGGGUUCACUGAUCACCCAGACCUGCUCAUCUGUGGAGACCUAGAAGGUGGAGAGGGAGGAGACAGUAGCUAAGGAUCCAGGAAUAAGAGAAAAUGGUCUAAAGCCUUCUAAUCAUUUUUAUGUGGCUAUUCAUCAUUCCUGAAAGAGAAAUUUAAAGAAGAGAAACAAAGAAAUGGCUGAUUCUCCAGUAAACAUGUCCCAGGACCACUAGCCGACUAUUCAUUCUCCUUCAAAGAGAAAAUCAAAGAAGAGACACAGAAAGAAAUGGCUGAUUCUCCAGUAAACAUGUCCAAGCGUCUGUUAACAUUUCGAGAUGUGGCUGUGGACUUCUCCCAGAAGGAGUGGGAAUGCCUGGACUCUGCUCAGAGGACUUUGUACAUUGAUGUGAUGGUGGAGAAUUAUGCCAACCUGGUGUUUGUGGAGAAAUAUUCUGUACGUGAUACUGUCCAUCAACAUGUGAGGACUGAAAAGGAGUCUCGUCAGUGUAAUGAGCUUGGUGAAAUGCUUCAUGAGCCCUCCAACUGUGCACUUUAUAAAAGAAGUGACACUACAGAAACCUCGAACAACUACAGAUGCUGUAAUGAGAAGGAUGCCUCUGUUGACUCAUCAAACGCAGAUAGACACAAAAGUAUGCACACUGGAGAAGACUCUUGCCAAUCUAAAGACUGUGAGAAAUCAUCCAGUUUGUCUUCCAACAUUGCUCAAGAUCAGAGAACAAACAGUGCAAACAAAGGACAGAGACAGGAAAAACAUGGUGACCACUUCAGCUCUACACACAGUCUCAUGCAACAAACAAUCUACAUUAGAGAGAAAAGAUACCAGUGUGGGCAGUGCCAGAGAUGCUUCAGUACCUCUGCAAACCUCACUAUACAUCAGAGGAUUCAUACUGGUGAGAAACCCUACAAGUGCAACUUUUGUGACAAAUCCUUUGCCCAGUGUACAACUCUUAAAACACACCAACGUCUUCAUACUGGAGAGAAACCUUACAAAUGCAAAGAAUGUGGAAAAUCAUUUCCUCAGUUGUCAGCACUUAAAAGCCAUCAGAAAAUGCAUACUGGAGAAAAGCCUUACAAAUGUAAGGAAUGUGACAGAUUCUUUGCCCACUGUUCCAGUUUCAGGAGACAUCAGAAAACCCAUAGAGCUAAGAAACGUACUGGUCCAGAUUGUGGUAAAGACUUAUAUCAGCUUUCACACUUGAAAAGCCAUCAAAGACUCCAUACUGGAGAGAACCCUUACAAAUGCAGUGAGUGUGAUAGAUCCUUUACCCACUAUGAAUUAUUUAGAAUUCAUCAGAAAACUCAUUCUUCAGAAAAAGAUUAUGAAUGUGAAGAAUGUGGUAAGUCCUUUACUGAAUUAUUACAACUGAGAAGCCAUUACAAAAUCCAUUCUGAUGCAACACUUUACAAAUGUAGAGACUGUGACGAAUCCUUUACCCAGUACUCACAUCUUCAAAGACAUCAGACAAUUCAUACUGGAGAGAGACCUUACAAAUGUAAGGAUUGUGAAAAAUCCUUUCUUCAUAACUCACUUCUUAGAAGGCAUCAGAGUGUUCAUACUGGAGAGAAACCUUAUAGAUGUAAUGAAUGUGACAAAUCUUUUACUAGAAACUCUAUUCUUAGACAACAUCAGAAAAUUCAUACUAAAGAAAAGCCUUACAAAUGUGUAGAAUGUGACAAGUCCUUUACCCAGCUCACAUAUCUAAGAACACACCAAAGAGUUCAUACUAAAGAGAAACCUUACAAUUGUACAGUAUGUGACAAAUCAUUUACUACAGGUGCAACUCUUAGAAUACAUCAGAGAGUUCAUACUGGAGAAAGACCAUACAGAUGUACGGAAUGUGGCAAAUCUUUUCGUGAAAGUGCAACUCUUAGAACACAUAAGAAAAUUCAUACUGGAGAGAAACCUUACAAUUGUACUGUAUGUGACAAAUCUUUUAUCAGGUACUCACAUCUUCAAAGACAUCAGAGAGUUCAUACAGGAGAGAAACCUUACAAAUGUAUAGAAUGUGACAAAUCUUUUACUGAAUGCUUUCUUCUUAGAAAGCAUCAGAGAAUUCAUACUGGAGAGAAACCUUACAAAUGCAAAGACUGUGACAUAUCCUUUAUGUGUAUUUCAAAUCUUAGAAGACAUCAGAAAACUCAUACUGGAGAAAAACAUACUGUUGUAAAUAAUGUGACAUAACAUUUAUCUGGUGUUCCCUGCUUACAAAUCACAAGGGAAUAAGUAGUAGACUCACAAAGAUAGCAAGUUUGUGAAAUCCUGUAAUGAAGAUUGAAGUCUUUAAAAAUGUAACAAAGUUUAUAUUAAAAUAAAAUUCUGUAAAUGUAA